AUGUCGCUAAGUCUUCCUAUCCACCGUCUCCACUCCUUGCAUGGCUCCACCGCCGUGGUGGCCGCAUAUGGCAACAAGUUCUUUGUCAUAGAUAGCAGCUCUGGCAAAGUGCUGGUGGCCCCGGCCUCUAAAGCCUCCUUGCCUGGAACCGAAGGAGCCAACCUCAUUGCAGACGAUGACUUUCCGAAUGGAAACAUUAGGUCCAUUGCAUUCCACCCGCAAACGAAACGCUUAGCAGUUACUAGUGAAAACAAAGAUCUUGUCUGCUGGGAUGUGGCGACCUGGAAAAGGUUGAGCCGCCGAGUCACAAUAAAGAGGGCCAACUGUGUUGCCUUCAAUGGAGACGGUAGCAAACUCCUUAUUGGAGAUAAGUUUGGAGAUGUGUACAGCUUUCAAUCAAAUGAUUCCGCUGAUAAGGAAGCAUUAAUACUGGGGCAUGUCUCCAUGUUGACGGACAUGGCUCUGUCGCAUGAUGGGCAGUAUCUUCUCACGGCGGAUCGGGACGAAAAAGUUCGCGUGUCUCGAUACCCACUGGCGUUCGACAUCUUACAGUUCUGUCUCGGCCACAACGAUUUCAUCUCGAGCAUCCAUAUCCCAUCUUUCGCACCUAAUUUACUCAUUUCCGGCGGAGGUGACCCUUUCCUACUCACAUGGGAUUGGAUGACAGGGAAGAUCAUUCAAAAGAUUGAGCUAUCUGUUCCGCAGGACAACCCCUUCAUCUUCGUCGUAACAUCAAUCACCAGCCAUCCAUUAAGUAGCCUCUUUGUCGUCACGCUGGAACUCGUCAACCAAGUCCUGAUCUUUGACGCAUCGAACCCCGAAGAUGUCAAGGAAGUCCAGAAGCUGGAUGUUGCUGAUGAGCCUCUGAAUGUUGCUUUCGACUCCGAAGGGAAGCUCUGGAUCGCGAUAGGUCUUCUUUCUGAAGGCCCGGUGCUGGCAGUGGCUAGCAGAGGGGCGAACGGUCUAUACGCGAUCGACGGCACGUCCGAGGCGUUGGCGGCGAACCUGAACAAGUUAGGCACGGAGUCGGUGGACGAGUUGCCCGACUACCAUCCUACGAGCAAGCUGCGCAAGGCUGCUGGUCACCCUCCGCACAAGCACGAUAAGAGGAAAAAGAAAGGCGACACCUCAAAUGGGCCUGCGAAAAAGAAAAAGGGAAAGGCGUGA